AUGGAUCCCAUCUCCCUGCGGGUAUACGUGGUCCUAAGUUUCCUGGUGCAUUGCGUAUCGACUGGUCCCAUCAUGGGCUUGGAAGAUGAUUUGCCAUUAUACGACGAAGUCCUUUCGGAGCAGGAUGGGGUCGAUUUCAACUCCUUGCUGGAAACUAUGAAAGACGACUUCUUGAAGACCUUAAACCUUUCCGGGAUCCCGGUGCAGGCACCUGUCAAAGUGGAGCCACCAGAGUACAUGCUGGAACUUUACAACAAGUUUGCAAUGGACAGAACCACAAUGCCUUCGGCCAACAUCGUCCGCAGCUUCAAAAACGAAGAUUUUUCCAUGCCGUACAGUGAUGUCCCAGAAGUGAAGAAAUACCCUCUGCUCUUCAAUGUGUCUAUUCCUCAUCAUGAAGCAAUAGUAAUGGUUGAGCUCAAGCUCUACAUAUUGGUUCCAAGGGACAGGGUGCCAUAUGAAGGAGUGAGCAGAAAGAUCACUGUUUAUGAAGUACGCAGUGAUGAUCAAGGAGAGAGGAAGAUGGUGGAACUGGCCUCCAGGCUGGUAUAUAAAACGGUCAGUGAAUGGGAAAUGUUUGACAUCACUGAGGGUGUACAUCGCUGGAGCAGGUCGGAAUUCACAACCCGCAUGCUGGAAGUUCACUUACAAAAUCCAGACAUUGACCUUGAAGAUUCAGUGAACGCAAAGCUGGACAUAAAUGUGCAACCAGAGACCAAGCAUGAACCUUUGCUUGUUGUAUUUUCAGAUGAUCAAAGCAGCGAAAGAAAAGAAGAGAAGGAGGAACUGAAUGAGAUGAUAAGUCAUGAACAAGACAUAGGGCAAGAUAACUUAGAAUUCGGGGGAAUGGGUAACAUGCCAAGUGAGGAGUCCUUGCUACAGAUGAGAUCUAACAUUAUCUAUGAUGCCAGCUCCCGCAUUCGAAGAAAUGCAAAGGGAAACACUUGCAGGAAGACCUCCCUCUACAUCAAUUUCAAGGAAAUUGGUUGGGACUCAUGGAUCAUUGCUCCAGCAGGUUAUGAGGCUUAUGAGUGCCGGGGUGUUUGCUCCUAUCCCUUAACAGAAAAUGUCACGCCAACUAAACACGCCAUAGUACAAACUCUGAUCCAUAUGAAAAACUCACAAAAGGCAUCUAAAGCUUGUUGUGUAGCAACAAAACUGGAUCCCAUAUCCAUCCUGUAUCUGGAUGCAGGAGUUGUCACUUACAAGUUCAAAUACGAGGGCAUGGUAGUGUCGGAAUGUGGGUGCAGAUAGUAGUCUAUGGAAGGAGGAGGUGGCUUUCUUGUAUAUUUGUAAAUUUUGUAUUUCCUUAUUUAAAGAGUUUUAUUUAAGAUUGUGUGUACAGUUAAUAUAUGUUUCCAAAUGGUCAAUGAAGGGCCAAGCCUCCACUUGGUUCCCUUACAUCUGUAAGGUGUCCUUUUUUGCCUUGCGAUCCAGAGUAACCUUGGUUCUGUAAAUUCAACACUGCUGAUAACUUCAUCUCUAAAUGGGACUAAACUGUAAG